AUGCAGUUUUACGCCUACCACGGCGUCAACCCCGAAGAGAAGGCCCUCGGGCAGCGCUUCGAGGUCGAUGUUGCGCUGCGGGUGGACGCGCGCCCGGCGGGGUUGAGUGACGACUUGGGGCAGACGAUCAACUACGCGCAGGUCUACAAGCUGGUGAAACGCAUCGCCGAGGAGGAGCGGUUCGACCUCAUCGAGGCACUCGCCGAGACGCUGGCGAUGCAGAUCGGCAAGCAGUUUGCCCCCGACGGCGAACACCGGCAGCAGGCCGCCGAUGGCAUCCGCUGCGCGGUCAUCACGGUCAGCGACACCCGCACGCCGGAAACCGACACCAGCGGACGGUUGAUGCAGGACGCCCUUACACAGGCGGGCCAUGUCGUUCACGCCUAUUGCAUCGUCAAGGACGAGCCCGACGACAUCCGGCGCCUGCUGCGGCAUCACAUCCAGGACGCCGACACCGACGCCGUUUUGCUGAGCGGCGGUACGGGCCUGUCGUCGCGCGAUGGCACGUAUGAAGUGGUGCGAGAUUGUCUGGAGAAGGAGUUGACGGGCUUCGGCGAGCUUUUUCGCUACCUGAGCUACGACGAGAUCGGCGCCGCGGCAAUGAUGAGCCGGGCCACCGCUGGGGUCGCCAAUGGCACGGUCAUCGUUUCCAUGCCAGGGUCAAGCGCCGCGGUACGCUUGGCCAUGAAAAAGCUGAUUCUGCCCGAACUGGCGCACAUGGCUCAUAUCGCGCGGGGCUGA